ACUCACAACAAGGAAGUGAACUGUUUAACUUCGUAUCGUAGAUUUAGAGGUAAAGUGUUUUAUUAAAAGUAUUUUAAAUUAUCACGUCGUCCUUGACAACACGGAUGUCCUCGUUUUAGACAAACAGGAGAGCAACAGUAGUGAUCUAAGUUUAUUCUGCAUUAAAGGCUUGUGGCGUUGAUGAGAGGAGGGGAGAAGAAUGACGACAUCAACCUGAGCUUCCUGAAAUGAAGUCAAGCUCUGUAACCUAAACCUAGACCAGCACACAAAGGACGGCGAAGGUGAACCACAACACAGGAAAGGAGUCAUGUCUUUGGUGGACCAGAGCCAGCAGUGGUUUCCUACGAGUGUACAGGUAACGGUGCACCAAGCUCGUAACCUGCGUUUCAAGGGCAAGAAUGGGACCAACGACGCCUUCGCCAUCAUCCAGGUGGCCAAGGACAAGUUUUCCACCUGUGUGGCCGAGAAAAGUGUGGAUCCAGUGUGGAAAGAAGAGGCUUCGUUCGACCUGCCCCUUUUCCACCCGGGCAACGCAGAGCGAUGUACACUGUAUAUCACUGUGAUGCACCAAGCCAAGGGGGGGUUCGACAAGUUCCUAGGUCAGGCUGUAAUCAACUUAGUGGACCUUCAUGAGAACAAGACGCGCAAAAAGACAGAUUGGUUCAAGCUGGUGGAGAAAAGUGGAAAAGAGGACAAGGAGCGGGGAGAGGUGCUGUUAGAUAUAACCUUCAUGAGAAAUAACAUGUCAGCCAGCAUGUUUGACCUUUCAAUGCAGGACAAACCCCGGUCACGGAUCUCCAAACUAAAGGACAAGGUCCGCGGGAAGAAAAAGGACAGUUUCUCUGACUCUGCUUCAGCUAUUGUCCCCUCGGUCAGCCAGGUCCUCACCGACAGUGAGGGUGAGGCAGACGCACAGUCCCUCAAUCAGUCAUCAGGAGUGAAAAAGAAGUCAAAGCUCAAAACGCUCUUUGCCCCCAAGUCUAACCUUCACCGCAAUGUAUCACAGUCUAUGUCCACUCUGGGUACUCUUCCAGAGAAGAAUUCAUCUCUGAGUGGAAGCCGAUCCUCAGGCCUCAACAUAGACUCUCCUGAAGCUAAGACAAAAUUCAAAAUCUUUGGACACAAGCGAACGGGCAGCUCUGACAGCAGGGUUUCUCAGGGCCCCUUCUCCUUACUGGGUCGCUCCAAGCAGAGCAACAGUGACCAGAACAACCUGUGUAUCAAUGGCAGCCACGUGUACGCAGAAGAUGCAGAGACCAAGAGUGGAUCUACAGUCAGUCUGAACAGUGCAGGUUCAGGAGAAGACAGACACACCUUUGAUAUCUCUACUGGUCCCUUUGGAAAUGUACCUGACCACACCCACAGGCCUGAGCCCACAGACAGAGCUAUAAUGGAGCAACACCGCCAUCAAGAGGAAGAGGCGAGAAGGCAGGCAGAAGAGAGUCGAGUAGCAGAAGCAAAAAGGAUGGAAGAAGAGGAGAGACACAAAGUACAAUUGAGGAGACUGCAGGAGGAAGAGGAGCGUAGACAACAAGAGGAGCAGGAAGGGAGGAAGAAAUUCCUUGAGGAUGAAGCAAGGAGGCAAAAACAAAGGGAGGAGGAAGAGGUGAGAAGGAAAGAGGAAGAGUGCAGGGAAGCUGAGAGCCGCAAGCUUGAGGAGGAGCAACGCAAAGUAGAAGAGCAAAAGAAACAGGAUGAGGCGUCCAUGAGUGACAGACUGUCGACUCUGUUUGGAAUCAUCAGAAAGAAGGAGGAUAAAAAAGAGGAGGUGCAGCAGCACCAACUUAAUCAGAAAGUGCCCGCUCCAACCCCUUUCCAUGAAUUAGGGAGUCCUGAACCACAAUCCUCUCACCACUCCACCAACCCAUUUGAGGAUAUUCCUCUCAGCUCAGAUAAUCCACUCAGCAGCACUGAAAGUCCAAGUGAUCAUCAGAAAUCCAGUCCUAAUGCAUCAAUACCCUCGGCUAUGGUUUUCCUCAACCGCACUGCAAAAGUGUCUGCAGUCAAACCCAGAUUGGCUCAGUCUCCGGAGCCUGAACCACCAGAUCUCCAAAUCCCCAGUGAACCUUCUCCUUCCCCAGCCACCCCAGAGUCCACCCUCUCUAGUCUUUCCUCUGUAUCCCCUGACCUGUUUGCUAACCUUCACUCAUUGUUGGCUCCCCCAAACUUAAGUCAAAGCCGGUCUGGUUCCCCUCGUGAGAGCAUAGAGAAUUUGUCACUUGUGGAAUCAGACGAGUCGUCAGUCAUGGCAGACAAGAAAAGGAAAGCCCCCCUGCCACCUGUCUAUCCUGCACCUGGCAACCAAACUGCAGGAAAUGGCAUCUCUGUUGAAGCCGAUGGCUCACAAGGCAAAAAAACCUCUAUCCCACUUCCUGAUUACGAAACCCUCUUUCCACAGAAGAGGCAUGGUGUUCAGGGACACACCCGGUGGGAUCAUAUUAUUGCAGAAGUAAACCAAAAACACAGAGACUCUGGUCCUGUGCUUCUGGGCCCUGAGAUGAGUGUUGAUGGCCCACAGGAGAGGCAACCAAGCCCGAGGUCGUCCAUAUCACCAGACAGUCUUCUCUCAAAGCAUUAUCCAUCACAGCCUCUAGAGACCAAGCAUGUUGCAUCGAAAAAAGGAUCCACACAUCUGCCCAUACCAACCACAACGCCACGUCAUCAGUCACCGGCCGCUUCUACACAAAGACAAAGCCAGGACAACUCUCAGCAGUCUGUCAUGAGACCCUCUUAUUUUGCGGAGCAAGGAUCUUUGAACACAGGUAUCUUGGAUGCCGAUGGUUUCUCUGGGUUGUCAAGGAAUGGCGAGAGGAAAGCAUUGCAACCACCAACCGCUGCAACACAGGUGUCUGUGAACAAAGAAGUGCCUACUGCCAGACCCAGACAGGUAACUAGAAAAGAGUCGGACAAGCGAGAGGAGUCGCCCUUGAUCCUUGACAAAAAUCUAAAUGGUAGCACUCAGAACUUUCCUGGAAGUGUGAGAAACGUGGGCACAAGGACAGAAAAUUUUGGUGACUUCCACUCAUUGGACUUUCAGUCCAAAGAUCCAUGGGGCCAACCUAAACAGAAUCAAGUCAACGACCCUUUUAGUGACAACAGUUCAAAAGAGAAGAGACCUGAAACCCAGGGAAUGACAGCAGAUGAUCUUGAUCAAAUAUUUGGUCAAGAAAAGCCUGCAGAUCCCUUUGCUGGUUUCAAUGGCAGUGAUUCAAACACUCAAAGGGAACAAAAGUCAGCUGACGAUUCAAUGCCAAUGAGUUUUCAUGUUUUUCAAAGAAGCAACUCGCAGAGAAAAAAACAGACAUUGGCAUCAAAUACUCAGUCGGACAAUAAAGGUUUACCACAAAAUGAACAACCAACCAAAACCGGAGCUACCCAGGCUGCAGCUACUAGAGAUCUCAUGAAAGAACCCACAAUGCUUCAGCCUCAAGCUGAUGACCAAACCCAAAGCAGUUAUUACAGAGGAGAUGCUCACUUUGCAGGCGAAGAUUUUUUUUUGUCUUCUGCGCCACUCCAGGUUAUUAUGGAGGAACCAACAGGAAGUCUGUCAGGAGGAAAGACACCUUUACAAGCAUGGGUGUCACCAUCUGAGGUGCAGCCCACCAGUGUCUACAAGAGCACCGGUGGUGGUCUAGACUUGACUCCACGCAGGCCUCAUCCUGUGAAGCCUCUGACGUCAGUUGAGAGCCAAUUUGCCAACAGUAGCCAUUCAGUAAAAGACAUCAGGAUUCAGGGCAAUGCACCUGGAAAGAUCAAGGUGUCAGAUUCUGGUGAGAAUGGACCUUUCAGUCAGCUUACACAGGAAGAGUUGAUCACUCUGGUGGUGAAGCAGCAGACAGAUCUGUCUAGGAAGGACGCCAAAAUCAUGGAGUUGGAGGAGUACAUCGACAAACUGCUGCUUCGAGUGAUAGAGGAGAAACCCAGCAUUCUACAGGCCUUAAACUCCGUCAAACCUGUUUAAGGUUCUAACUUUUAUUUCUAACGUUUUAUUUUCUCUGUGUGAGUCUAUGAAUCUGUGAGACAGAAUUAACAAAGGUCUUAGAGCAUUCGCACUUUUUUUUUUGUGAGUUCCAGAGUCAAACUUCUUUCAGAACACUGGAGAAAAACUCUGUACUAAUAAUGUAUCUGUUAUUAUCAUAACAAGCAGAAAUAUUUAUGUAAGCAGAUUAAUGCAUUUGUCUUCACAUUAAGGUACUGGAGUUUACUUAAUAACUUGGGUCUCUUGUUUUAAAUAUAUAUAUAUAUGGAACUUGAGAUUAAACUAUAUAUACUCUGGAAUAUUUAUACUUCUGCAGAUAAAUCUAUUUUUCUUGAUUAUUACUUUCCCCUUUUGUUGUGAUUUUCUAUUGGUUUCUAACCUUUACAUUGGUUUUUUAAUUUAUUAGCAUGGAUGCUUGACUGCUUCACACACACACUCACACACAUUUAUUGUUUCAGUGGAUGGUUCAGCUUACAAGCAGCGACCACAUGACUCAGAAGACUGUUCAGGUUAUUUAUAAACAGGAGCACUUUGUCUUUUCCUCCACCAUCGAUGUCUUAUAUUCUAUAGUCCAGAUACUGUUGUGCCUGUGCAGGGUUUCAUUUAAAAAAUACCAAUGGAUAUGAUUAAAGAACAAACCACCACAACGAUCUGUACAUAUUAAUUCAAAGUCUUCGCAGUAAACUAAAUUCAAAAUCAUGCUUUUCUGGUUUUGACACCCAUGCUUUCAUGCGCCAAGAAAAUUAAAAAAAAUGUGUGUUUUUACUUCUUUAUUGAGGAUCAUUUUUAAUUAAUGAUUUCAAACAUUUUUAAAAUCAACAAAAUCACAAUUGUUUUAACCAGAUCCUUCGUGACAUAAAAACAUCUAUUGCCGUCCCAGCUAUUGUUGUGUUGUUACAUGAUAAAAUAUGCAAUAUAUACUCAGAGAUUUCUAUUGUGAAUGAAAUAUUACAAAAUCAUCAAACAAAUCCGAGAAACAGUGAAAGCCCCAGUAAUAACCAGCCCUGUUUUUUUAAUAAAUUGAAACUACACUACUGAACACAAAAGCCUGCACGUCUGCCUUAUGGUUUAUAUGAAUCUCCUGUGUCCUGUUGGAAAAUUUAGCAAUAUUGUACAGAAAGUACAAAUCUGUGCCUUUUUUCAUGAUGUAUUUCUUUGGAAUGGAAACUGAACUUUGCAUGUAGAAUAAACAACCUGAUGUAUUUGAGGUCUGUCUCUCAAACUGAUUUUCACUGUAAAACCUAUGAAAUGAGGGAAACACAGCACAAAUUUAAGUUAAAAUUUAAAAUAAAAUGUUUCACCACA